GUUCCUUCUGUGAGGGUAGAGCUCAUUUUUCUGUUUUUGUUCUUCGCGCAUUUAUGCUGUUGUGUGUGAGCGAAAACGGCGACAAAUGCAAAAGCUAUUGCGUAGUUAGUGUGGAGCAACAAGAUAUUCAGAACAACGGAAAGCUAACUGACGCGUCGUAGAAUUGGAGUUUACUGGGGAAUCCCCCUGUAGGUGCAGUUUGUGUUUCUACUGUAUGUGUUCCUAGGGCCAAAGUUUAAUGCUGUUAAUUAUAACAUGCUAAGAGAUUCAAGACUGUUUUCUACAGUGAUGUUAUUGAAGCAUCUGGCACAUCUUGGCUCUGCGUUGAUUGUUUCCCUAUGGUGCUACAGCAGCUUCAUGAAAUUUUUUAAUUACAAGGAAACACAAGCACUUCCUACAGCUGGCAUCAUCAGUCAAAUAAUAAGCACUCUCCAGUACCUUCUUUUGGGACUGCUGCUGAGAAGUGUUUAUGAAGUAUAUCGAGCUAUGAUAGCAAUAUAUACAUACUUUGAGGCAGAACUGUGGCCAACUGUGCUCCUUGUACUUGAGUGUUCUUUGUUGGGAAUCAGCUUACCAGUUCUGCCAAUCCAUCCUAUGAUUUUUAUCAUGCUGAUGUGGUGGUUGUUGCCAUAUACCUACAUGUUGAUGAAGCUGUACAAAACAUAUAAAAGGCUACAAUAUAUUAAUGACUGCAGACAGCUUUCAUAACUAUAAUAUAAAGAAAUUAUAAGGGCAAGAAGUCACAUCAGCUACUAUUACAGAUAUAUAUGUACACAUUUGUAUAUUGCUGAUAAAGUAUCACAUAUUUAUUUAAAAUCUUUGGUCAAAAGCAUGUUAACAAUAAAACAUCAGCAAUUUCACACCAUUGAUGUGUGUGGAAAGUAUUGUUCACAGGCCUCUGUUGAUAAAUUUUGGUAAUUAUAGUUAAGCUCCAUCUUCAUAAAAACAUGAGACAGUCUCAGGUUAAGUUGUGAGGACUCCAAUGAAUAUAUAAAGUAUUCGGCUCAGUGUUCCCCAUUGUGUAAACUUAGGCAAAAAAAAUAAAAUAAAAUAAAUUUUGAAACAUUUGUACACGGCCUUGUAUAACAUAAUUACAUUACAGGGUAUAGAGUGACAAACUUCAUGGGGUUUCAGAGGGCAUCUUGAAGAACGAACUGAUGACAGGAAUCUAUGCUCAGAAACACCAUUUAAGAAACUACAAAGUGUUGAAGCUACAGGUGAAAACACUGCCAGUAGGCUACCCUCUCAAUAGCAAACAUAAAUUGUAACACUGAAGUCACCACGUCUAGUGUCCUGCAGUGUCACUGUGGCGUCAGGUGUUGCUGUAUUAGACACUGCCUGACAUUCUGAAUACUAUCAGGUCUUGCUUGCAGUCCAUUAGUGUUAAAUUGUUUUCUGGUAAAGCAUAGUGGCACUCUGUAACACCAUUGGAUGAUAUUUCCAGAUAUACGUUUCUGUUCUCAAUUUCUUGCACAAUGCCUCGAAGUUUGUUGGUAUAUUUUUUGUUAUCCUCUGUAUAGGAAUUUGUUUAACACUACAACACAUUCCAUUUAGAGAUGAUCGCAUUUAUCAUGUUGCAGUCUCACAGGAAUGUGCUGCAAUCAACAAUGCAACACAGUUAAAUUUUGCAGAAGUUAUUUAAGAGCUACAUCAAGAAUGUGCAACAGCUGAAUUUUUUUAAUACUAGAAAGUGAAUGUACACUCUUAAUAUAAAUGCUUGUUACAAUUUUCUCCUAUGUAACAUUAUUGACAUGUUAGCUCCACAUGAAUUAAGUCCAACAAACAAAGAAUUAAACAAGGUGUAAAUUUCAUUCAUUGUUUAAAUAAUGGACAAAGUACAUUCCAAAAUAUAUAAGUAAAUGUAUGACUGUAGCAAAAUAUGACAAAACAGAUUAAAUAAGGAAUCAGUGAACAAUGGCUCUCAAUAAAACUUGGAAUUCACUGCAAUUCUGGUGUUUAUUGUAACCUGCUGUGAAGAUAUUGAAAUUGAUUUGUAGAGAAAAAUUAGAUAAAAUUGCCUUAUGACAAUGAUUCAAAAAGUGUUGAUGUUGCCCAUUAUCAACUAGUGAUAUACAUAGCAAAAAA